AUGCGUGGGCGCGAGGGCGGAUCCUUCGCGAGGGCGCUCGAGUACACGGUCAGCCACCUCGUAAUGCACAAUCCGCCAGCAAUGCGCGCUCCGGCGAUGCCCAGCGGUGCCACACUUCUGUGCUCCAAUGCACCGAGCAUCCCGCCCUGGUACUUCCGUGCGCUCUAUCGAGAGGUGGGUCGGGCUCACGAAUGGACGGACUGGUUGCGCCGCUCGGACGCGGAGCUCGAGUCUUUUGUCACUGCUCCGGGCACGAUCCUGACUACGCUCCUGCUCGAUGGCGCCCCGCGUGGCUUUUAUAUGCUGCGAUGCGAGCAGGCGAGUGCCGAGCUUCUCUAUUUUGGAUUGACGCCCGAUGCCCUUGGGCGGCAGCUGGGCGGCCCGCUCCUCCGGCAUGCCGUGCAAGCCGCGUGGGAGGAGCCGAGGCUGCAAGCGCUGCACGUGAACACAAACACGCUCGAUCAUCCGAACGCGCUUCCUCUCUACAAGAGCGUGGGAUUCAAGGUGGAGCGGGUGGAAAGGUGCUGGCGUGACCCGCAGAGCGAGUCUGAAAAGUAA